AUGUCGAAUUCGUGGAUUUGUGAAACUUGUGGCAACGGGGAGCUGGUAGACGGCAAUAAUGGCUUCUUCUACUGCAGCCUGUGCAACUCACAAACGCAGGACUUCAAGGACACCGGAGUGGCCGAUGAGGACUUUUACGACGAGACUGGCGAUGCACAGGGAGGCCUCUACUCUGCCCGUAACACCCGCCGCGUCAACGUCUCCGCCGUCAAACCCGAGCCCCUUUCCCAACCCCUGGAUAAUAACCCCUUGAGUCAAACCAACAUGGAAAAUGACAAUGCUGCUGCUGAUGCCGUGGGACCCACGGAACCCGAGGAUUUUGGAUUCGACACGGUGGAGGGCUAUUACAGUGAGGUUAGGCUUAGGUAUGUGAAAGGAGUGCAGCGGAUAAUUGAGCUCCAAUGUGAGGCUUUGGUUAGGGAGUUUAAGGAUGAUUGGGGUGACCGGACUUUUGAUGACGCUGAGAUACGCCAACAAGGCGAACCUCCCGAAGAUUUUAAGCCGCGCUCUAAAUACAGAGACGAACCUCACACAAGGUUUGGUCAGCGAGCAGUAAUGGUAUGGUUUAGGUCCUUGAGAAACACUAUACCAUUAUCUUAUACUUUAGCCAUUUCCUUUCUGGCUUGUCAUCUUUCCAGGGAAGCAGUCCUACCGACAGACAUAGUAAAAUGGUCAGUUGAAGGAAAGCUCCCAUAUUUUUCUGCUUUUCUUGAAAUUGAAAAAGACUUGGGAAGGCCUUCACGUGCCUGCCCAAUAAGUUCAAGCUUAAUGUUUAGACCUUCUGAAUCUGUGCCAGUGCAAAAGUUGGAAGCACUGGCAGCAUCCAUUGCUGAGUCCAUAGGCUUGCACUUACCUCCAGUGAAUUUUUUUGCUAUAGCUUCUCGCUAUCUGAAAAAGUUGUCUCUUCCAGUCGGAAAGGUUCUCCCUCACGCAUGUCGCAUAUAUGAGUGGUCAAUGCCUCCAGAUUUAUGGUUAUCAACAAAUGAGUUGAGGCUUCCUACUCGUGUGUUUGUUAUGUCAAUACUGAUUGUAGCAGUAAGAGUUCUUUAUAAUAUUCAUGGUUUUGGAGAAUGGGAAAAAAGUUUGUCCAGAAUUCAUACUUUGUCUUCCACAUCUAAUCAGAUGGGGGAUCUGGAUCCCACAUCCAAUUCCAAAAUGCAGUCUGGUACUGCAGAGGAUUUAGGUUCUCCAUCCCACAAUUUGGAUGAUACGGAUACAGAGCUUGUUAGAAAUUUGUCAAAUGCUCAGAACUCUGAAUUGGACGCUGCAGAACUUCUAUCCAGCCUUGAAGCAAAGCAUAAUGAAAUUGCUGAUACUUAUGAAUAUUGCAAGGACUUACCAACGUAUCUUCAGUUCUGCAAGGAUGUAGUCUUUGCUGGAUCAAAAUCAUCAUUCAAGGAUCACAAGGAAGAAGAGCUAAUUGAAUUGUUAUGGAACUUUUAUCAGAGUAGAAAGGAUUCUGAAACAGCAGUCGAACAAGGAUUGCUUUGUGGUGAAACUGUUAACCAGAAAAGAUUGAGGGACAAUGAAGAAUGCACUAAUGAUAUAUCUAAAGAAAAAAGGUUUAGUAAUAAAUUGCCUGUUUCUAGACCUUACUCUGGUGAUGAAACUCCCUUCGCGGAUGACCAACAAAGGAGCAAAAAUGGCGAUAAUUCUUGUAGUAGCUCACAGAAUAGUCAGAACUCAGAAGUUAAUGACGCAGAAACUCUCAAAGAGGAAGCCAUUGCUCGAAUGAAAUUAGACAUGGAGGAGAAGAGAUUCUUUUAUAUUCCACCGAGGGUCAACCUCAAAAGAUUUGAUUACCUUCACUAUGUAAGGAAGAAGGAUGAAGGUGCCUACACUUACGUUGCACAUGCUGAUUAUUACAUCUUGCUUCGUGCUUGCGCUAGAGUUGCAGAAGUUGAAAUCCGGUGUAUGCACAUUGCGGUGUUGAGCUUUGAGAGGAGGCUGGCUUGGAUGGAAAAGAGAAUCAACCACUGCUUGCACUUGACCCCUCCUAUUGUCUCAUGCGAGUAUUGUACUGAUAUGGUCCCAGAAAAUACUAAUGCAGAAAAUGAUAUUGAAUCGAUUGGAUUUCCAGAUUUGAAUUUAUGA